AUAUAUAACUAGCCUAUGUGUUAGUCAUUAAAAAAAGGAUAAUUGAUACAAACAUAAAAAAAAAAAAAUCGCUUUACGCCAAAGUGUAUCUGACGUCACCAUACUACAGUAUUUUGACUAUUUAGUACACUAGUAUGCAGCGUUCUGGCAGACCCAUUAAAGUCUCGCGAUUUUACAGUAGAAUUACACGCCUGAAGCCAAAAUCUCGCGAUGUUUCAGCAAACUUUGCCAAGCAACCACAGUACAUAAACAAACCUUCUUACGCAGAGAGGUGUGAACUGAACUUAUUAGACACAGCAGCAAAAUGUCUUUUAAAGGCUUUGUGAGCUGCAACAGCAGAAUAUCAAAGGAGGAUAAAGAGUUUUAUGAGUUAAAGAACAGAGCAGCGGAGUUUUACAGAGCAAACGGCGUGCCGCGGAAGCUUGAAACGGUUUUAAAUGAGAUGUUUUGUGCAAAGCCGGAUGAUGUUUAUGGAUAUCUGGCAAACUACUUCUCCAGCCUCUCACACACACCUGUGAUUAGUGCAGUAGUGGGCAGAGAGGUGUAUGAUGGCAGGGGGGAAGCAGCAUUGCAGGUGGAUGUUUACUGCGUCGUCAGGAAUGAAGAGAAGUUAGUCAGUAAUGCAGUGGUUACUAGUAUGGAAAGUGAUGUCAUGGAGAUAUGGAAUGUGACUCCCAACGGUAACCAUCCUCAAGCGUCCGUAUCGGUGGCACUGGAGUGGAUCAGAGAUCAGCUGAGCUCCAUGUUGCAUGGCUUUAACCCCACCCACCAAACACACCUGGACAAAUUGCUCAGUGAUUACUACAUGGCCCGUUACCUUGAGGACCAAGAGGGUCAUAACAAAGAAAAGAAAGACGAGGAAGAAGAGAAGUCUGAAACAACAUCUGACACUGCAACCGCUUGUGCACCUGCUUCAAGCAAAGACAUGAAGAAAGGAGAUAAAGGUAAGAAAGGCAGUGCCACAGAGAAGCCGCUGCCUCCUCCUGAGAAACCGGAGCCUAUGUUGCCAGGGGCGAUGGUAGUUGGUGCUCUGUCAAUGGCAGCAGCCAAAUCUGCAGCAAGCCUCGCAGCCAUACCCCUCUAUAAACACAUCCUCACUCUCAGAGACCUACAGGCUCUAAGAGUGUUCAUGCCCAUGCCGCUGGUAUCAGUCUUAAGUUGUGGAAAAGCAUCAGCUGGAAAGCUCAACCUGCUAGAGGAGGUCAUCCUGCUGCCCACUGUACCACACAGAACCAGAGAGAUCAUUGACAUGUGCCGUGACGUCCAGAGAGAGAUAAGGAGAAUAGCCGUUACUACAGCGGGGAAAUCAGGGCCUGCAUUAGAGGGUGUUUCAGAAGGUGGCGCUAUUCAGCUUGGGCUCGAACGUGCAGAACAAGCGCUCGAUCUGUUGACGGAGGCGUGCUCAAACCUGGGCCUGCCGAUGGGCACAGAGCUCCGGCUGGUGAUAAACUGCGCUGCUCAUAGACUCGUCGACUAUUCCAGAGGAAAGUACGAGGUGAUGGCGGGGACUAUGAAGUCUCCGGAUGAGCUGGUGGACAUGUUUGUGGGAUUGAUUAAUAAAUAUCCAGCCAUUGCGGCCCUUAUCGACCCGUUCAGGAAAGAGGAUGUGGAACAGUGGCAGCAGCUGAACUCUCUUAUUGGACAGUCUUGCUGCCUAAUUGCAGAUGCAGCAUACAGGCCCUGCCCUCGCUGGAAGGAGGCAAAGCCCCUCCCCCCAGGGGUCACGUGGAUCACUCUUAGGCACAGAAGUGACAUGACCCUCACUGACCUCCUCCAUGCCGUCACAGAGCGAACAGAAGGGGAGACCAUUCUAGCAGUGAGCAAUGAGGACAUUGGUGAUGACUCCAUGAUAGAUGUGGCUGUAGGCAUGGGUGUAUCAUUCAUUAAGCUGGGUGGGCCGACUGGAGGGUGGAGGAUGAACAAGUACAACCGUCUGCACAGGAUAGAGCAGGAGCUGGAAGAACAAGGCAUUCUGGGUAAGAAAAAUCUAGCCACCCUACCCUAUAGCCCAGACGUGACGAAUAUGAGAAAUUGUUGUCACAUGCGGAGAGUAAUCAAUAUUUAUCAGAUCUCCUACAGCUCCUUUAACGUUGCCAUAGGUCUCUCGGCAGCCUCCCGGGUAAGUUUUUGUCCUGUCCUUUUGUACAUUUUGGAGGGACGUCCUGUUCUUGGUGAUGUCGCUGUGGCGCUCCAUUUUCUCCACUUGUUGAUGAUGACCUUUCUGGUGUUCCAUGGUACAUCUAAUGUUUUGGAUAUUGUUUUAUACCCCUCUCCUGAUUGAUUUCUUUCGACAGUCAGAGCCUGUACAGGUUUUGUCAGCUCUUUGUGGACCAUGUCUUCAGCAGAAAAUCCCACCGAUACAGCUGGUCUUUAUUUGGGGUUAAUCAGAAUAAUUUCCUUAAUGAGAGCUGUAUGACAAUUUCAUUCUGAACACUGCCACAUCCCCAAUUAUAAAAUGGUGUGGACACGUAUACAACCUGGCUAUUGGAACUUUUUUGAAUUUUUUCCUGUUUUCCACUUAAUUUUUAUACGUUGUAAUUUCACACUGAGGGUGGAAAAGGUUCUGACAUGAUUUAUCUUGAUUAAAUUUUUUUUUCUAUCAGCAAAACCUGAGAUUUGAACAGGGGGAGUGUAGACUUUUUUUUUUAUACCCAUUGCACAUGAGUGAAUUAAAUAAUGGAGAACUGAAGGGAUGCGUUUGCGUUUUUAUUAAGCAGGUAUGCGGGAGGUGAAGCUGCCGUGUGAAAGCAAGCCUGAGGAAGAAGUAACACAGACGGAACAGGCAACCUGAUAACAUACACCACGUUCCAACUUCAUCAACACGCUGUAACAAAUAGCAAAGGGAGUUUCUUUUUCCUGGAUGGUUUAUGUAUUGCAUUUAUAAUUAUCUGGUUUGAUAUAUAAUUUGAAAUAAAAGAUGUUUGUAUUAAAAUGCGUUACAAUUUACAUUGUAAACCUGUAAAAAAAAAACCAAAUAUAUAUUUUUUUUACAAAAUUGGCUCAAAAACCUAAUUCGCUAAUUCUGUCAUUUCAGCAUCACGUACAUGACAUUCAAGCUUCUUCAUUUAACAUUUACACACAAGUUAUUCACAGUAAUAUUACCAGCUAUAUAAUAUACUGACCCCAAAGUAUCCACGAUGUUAAACGUGCAUUUUAAACUUCCUUUGUAAUCUAAGAAGUUCUCAGUUAUAAAAAAAAUAUCCUGCUUAAUUUAAACACAAGUAUAAGCUGAUUAGUGAUACUGAUACACAUGG